AUGCUAACCGCUGUUUGUGGCUCUCUGGGCAGCCAGCACACCGACGCGCCUCACGCAUCACCUCCGCGCCUCGACCUGCAGCCUCUCCAGACGUACCAGGGUCACACGAGCCCUGAGGUCGGGGACUACCCCUCCCCGCUGCAGCCUGCAGAGCUGCAGAGCCUCCCGCUGGGCCCGGAGGUAGACUUCUCUCAGGGCUAUGAGUUGCCAGGGGCCUCCUCGCGGGUAACCUGCGAGGACCUGGAAAGUGACAGUCCCUUGGCUCCGGGACCCUUUUCCAAGCUCCUGCAGCCGGACAUGUCACAUCAUUACGAAUCGUGGUUCCGGCCGACUCACCCAGGCACGGAGGAUGGCUCGUGGUGGGACCUACAUCCCGGCACUAGCUGGAUGGACCUCCCCCAUACUCAAGGAGCGCUGACCUCACCUGGCCACCCGGGGGCGCUUCAGCCAGGUUUGGGAGGAUACGUCGGAGACCACCAGCUCUGUGCUCCGCCGCCCCAUCCGCACCCGCACCACCUCCUCCCGGCCGCAGGUGGGCAGCACCUCCUAGGGCCACCCGACGGGGCUAAGGCCUUGGAAGCGGCGGCGCCAGAGUCCCAAGGGCUGGAUUCCAGUCUGGAUGCGGCGGCCCGACCCAAAGGCUCCCGGCGGUCUGUGCCCCGCAGCUCUGGGCAGACCGUGUGUCGCUGCCCCAACUGCCUGGAGGCGGAGCGACUCGGGGCUCCGUGCGGGCCCGAUGGGGGCAAGAAGAAGCAUUUGCACAACUGCCACAUCCCAGGCUGCGGGAAAGCCUACGCCAAGACGUCGCAUCUGAAGGCGCACCUGCGGUGGCACAGCGGCGACCGUCCCUUCGUGUGCAACUGGCUUUUCUGUGGCAAGCGCUUCACGCGCUCCGACGAGCUGCAGCGCCACCUUCAGACCCACACCGGGACCAAGAAGUUCCCCUGUGCGGUCUGCAGCCGAGUCUUCAUGCGCAGCGAUCACCUGGCCAAGCACAUGAAAACCCACGAGGGCGCCAAAGAGGAGGCUGCGGCGGCGGCCCAGGGCGAGGCCAAGGCGGGCGGCACGGUGGAGCCACCCGGGAGCAAAGGCAAACGGGAGGCCGAAGGCAGCUCGGCGCCCUCCAACUGA